GGAGGAGGAGGCGGAGGCGACGGCGCUGGAGGACACCUCGUGCGUGCUCGCUCCGAGCGGGUAACCGUCGGAGUGGUAACUGUUUCUUCUUUGCGGCUAGAAACUAUCAUCGGGGAAAAAUGGCGGAUCUAGAGGCGGUGCUGGCGGACGUCAGCUAUCUGAUGGCCAUGGAAAAGAGCAAGUGUACGCCGGCUGCACGCGCUAGCAAGAAGAUCGUUCUGCCCGAUCCUAGUGUCAGAAGCGUAAUGCACAAAUAUCUUGAAAAGAAGAACGAAGUUAAUUUCGAUAAAAUAUUCAAUCAAAUGUUAGGCUAUCUUUUAUUCAAAGACUUUUGUGAAACUGUGGCAGAGGAACCAAUUCCACAACUUAGGUUUUAUGAAGAGAUUAAAGCUUAUGAAAAGCUUGAAUGCCCCGAAGAAAGGAGAAAACUUGCCAGAGAAAUCUAUGAUAAUUUCAUCAUGAAAGAAUUACUUGCACAUGCACAUGAAUACUCAGCAGAAGCUGUUUCUCACGUUCACAAGUACCUUAUGAAAAAUGAGGUUCCCAUCAAUUUGUUUGAGCCUUACAUAGAAGAAAUUUUUAAUCACUUACGAGGUGAACCAUUUAAGAAGUUUUUGGAAAGUGAUAAAUACACUCGUUUUUGUCAGUGGAAGAAUCUAGAAUUAAACAUUCAGCUGACAAUGAACGAUUUUAGUGUACAUCGGAUUAUAGGAAGAGGUGGAUUCGGCGAGGUUUAUGGUUGUCGAAAAGCAGAUACUGGGAAAAUGUAUGCUAUGAAGUGCCUCGAUAAAAAACGUAUAAAAAUGAAACAGGGUGAAACCUUGGCACUUAACGAAAGGAUAAUGCUCUCUCUAGUCAGUACUGGGGUGGAUUGCCCAUUUAUAGUAUGUAUGACAUACGCAUUCCACACACCAGACAAAUUAUGUUUUAUAUUGGAUUUAAUGAAUGGAGGUGAUUUACAUUAUCAUUUAAGUCAACAUGGCGUAUUUAAUGAGCCAGAAAUGAAAUUUUACGCAGCCGAAGUAAUUCUUGGAUUGGAACAUAUGCAUCGUAGAUAUAUAGUAUAUCGUGAUUUAAAACCAGCAAAUAUUCUCUUAGAUGAACAUGGGCAUGUAAGGAUAUCAGAUUUAGGAUUAGCAUGUGAUUUUUCAAAGAAGAAACCACACGCGAGCGUAGGUACACAUGGAUACAUGGCACCGGAAGUUCUUUCAAAAGGUACACCGUAUGAUUCGAGCGCGGACUGGUUCUCCUUUGGAUGUAUGUUGUAUAAGCUUUUGAAAGGACACAGUCCUUUCAGGCAACAUAAAACUAAGGAUAAACAUGAAAUCGACCGAAUGACUCUCACUAUGAAUGUAGAAUUACCCGAAACAUUUUCGAGAGAACUGCGAUCGCUUUUGGAAGGUUUAUUACAAAGGGACAUCAACAACAGGCUUGGAUGUCGUGGAGGGGGAGCUGAUGAAUUAAAGGAACAUCCAUUUUUUAAUGGGAUAGAUUGGCAGCAGGUCUAUCUGCAAAAAUAUACACCACCUUUAAUACCACCUCGUGGAGAAGUGAAUGCUGCAGACGCUUUCGAUAUUGGUUCAUUCGAUGAGGAAGACACGAAAGGCAUCAAACUGACUGACGCGGAUCAAGACCUGUAUAAAAAUUUUCCUCUUGUUAUUUCCGAAAGAUGGCAAGCCGAAGUAGCCGAAACAGUUUUCGAGACAAUUAACAACGAAGCAGAUAAGAUGGAAAAUAAGAAAAAAGCGAAACAAAAGUUGCGAUUUGAUAUUGACGACGAAAAAGGCUCUGAUUGUAUUUUACACGGAUACAUAAAAAAGUUGGGAGGUCCUUUUGCCAGCGCUUGGCAGACACGUUAUGCUAAGUUAUAUCCAAAUCGAUUAGAGCUGCAUCCAGAAUCUGCUACAAAACCUGAACUCGUAUUCCUAGAUCAGAUAGAGGAAGUGGGAGCUGAUCUACAGCAUGUAAAAGGAGAACAAUGUAUUGUUGUUCGUACGAAGGAUGCCAAAAUUGUACUUACGAAUCCUGACGAGAUAAGUUUAAAAGAGUGGGCAUUGUCGCUAAGAUCAGCACACAAGUGUUCGAUGGAAAUGCUCGGUAAUAUGGCAAGAAAAGCUGGUAAGAUUUAUGGGACUGAACGUGACGCCGUGAUUCCGGCGAUGCAGCGAUCAACGAACGGCAACUAGCCCAUUAUUAGUAUGUGUGCAUCGACAUACUCCAGUCCCACUGCCCCGCAGCGACAGCAGCAGCAACUUUUUUUAUACUAAGAAAUAAUGGCAAAGAAGAAUAAGAUAAGAAGAAAAAAAAAAUAAGGAGAAUUAGAACGGGCACGUUACGUUAGAAGAGCUCGUUGGAUUUUCUGUAAUUUAAAACGGAGACAUCUUUUCCAUCUCACUCCCCCUUCCCCCAACUUUUGUCCUAAUCUCAAUCCCGAUAUACCACAUAUGGACGAUACAAAUCGUCCCCAAAGAAGAAGUUUCCUUGUAUGGCGGUUAGUACCGCACUGUAUAGAGACUCUAGAAAGUAGCGUCGUUUAAUAACAUACAAGGGCCGAGAGUGAGUCCACACUUAGACUUGGGCGUUCUAGUUUAUUCGCUCGGAUGCAUAGCGUCACGUCAUUAUAUUUGUACGUUAGCUCUAUGUGCAAUGUGACGUAGCAAACUAGCGACCGAGAUCAUCGACAUACACGCAAUAGCAUACGAAGAUUAUGGUGAUGAAGGAGAAGACGUAUAUAAAAAGUUCACGCGAUAAAGAAAACAACCACGAAAUGAACUUGAUAAUAUGUUAUAAUAUCAUUAUUACACCACGGAAAUUGUAUUCUAAUUACUCUUCCGCGUUGUAUUGUUCAUUUACUUAAUUUAUUUACACAAUGCAGGACGGUUUUAUAUUAUCUCUAAGAAUAACAAAAAAAAAAAAACGAUUUAUUAUUUAUUAUGUUAUUGUACUAAGAAAGAUAAAAAGAAAAAUAGAGCGAGUAUGUAUGUACGUAGGUGUAUGUGUGGUAUGUAUGUGCGCGUGCUUGUAUGCCAGAACGAACGAAAGAAAGAGAGGAGAAGAGUAAAAGAGAAAUCGUAUAUUGUUGUAACUGUGUACGCUUGGGUGGAUGUAAUACGUGCAUCUACCCUGGCAAUAAAACAUGCGACGAACGUAACGAA